AUGAAUAAUAACAGCAAACAAAUACCUGUCGGCGAUGCGGAUACCGAUAAUAACGAGGCCGAGACCUAUUCCCUCCUCAUGUCCUACCCCGAAGAACUCGACUCACUAUGCCGUCCUUGGUCUUCCCCGCGACCCUCCGCCUACAGACGGCGCAAUCCGCUCCGCCUACCGGACGCUCACGAUGCGGCGAAGCAGCAGUUUGAGCGCAUCCGCGAGGCGUAUGACACCCUUAUUGAUCCGAAGAAGAGAGUCGUGUAUGAUCUAUUGGGCGCGGAGGGGGUUCGCAGGGAAUGGGGCGUUCAUGGAGCGAUGGGACGUGGUGGCGAGGCGGAGAGACAGGAGAAGCAGGGACAAGUCGGAGUCAAGACGAUGAAGCCGGAAGAGUUCCGGAGGUGGUUUCUAGAAUCGAUGAAGAACAGAGAGCGCGCGGUGCUUAAUUCUUUGGUUAGAAGUAAGGGAUCUUUGAUUGUGGGCGUUGAUGCUAGGGAUAUGAUUUCGGUGAAUGAGCGCGAGGGCGAAGUAUACUUAGAGAUUCCUUCGGCGAAAUUGUCGAGCUUCGCGGUGCGGUACUCAUUUGUCACGCCCUUUCCGACGCUACGGACUGGUAUGGGAGAGGAUGAGAGGGAGGGUGCUGAGAGCGAAGUCGGGGAAGAAGAGGAACAAAAAGCUAGCCAGAGUCCAGAGUUGGAGAUAUAUGCUGGUGUUGCAGGCGGGUUUCAACGCCUCUUCAACAAAGUCGAACUGGAAUGGGAAGAUGGCGAAACGGAGCUUCGAGAGGUACCUCUCCCUUUAAUCUUAAGUACACAAAAUGUCACCCUUGGAGCGAGCACCAGCCGAGUACUCAGCGAUCCUAAUCCCAAGGGCAUCCUUAAGAGAUGGCCGUUCUCGCUCUUCCAGGACACGCUUGUCAGCGUCGAAGCUACCGCUUUACCGUCUACAACGGUACAGGCGAAUGUAGCAAAGAGCAUCGUCGUCACACCUGGAACGAGGCCUUUUAACGUGAUUCUUGGGACUAUCUUCAAUCGCUCCAUUUUUCAGGCUCCACCGAUGCUCAACCUACAGGUGACCAAGGGAAUUGGGCAAAAGAAGACCGCAUUCUGCAGCUGGUCAAGUGGAUUUAUUGGAUGGCCAUCUUUUAUUGAAACAUUAUUACUGCCUUUUGCUGGGGAUAGUCUGUCACUGGAGGACCAAGCGAUCAGCCAACUCCAGGUCGGCAUUGCAUCUCAGCUGGCAAAACUCGCUCCCGGAUUAGCUGACGAGGACGAAGACAUGCCGGAAUCAGCCGAGGACGAUGAGGAGGAGGACGAGUUUGAGAUGCUCCGCGCGAAGAAGCGCGAAGAACAGAAGGCCGCUGAGGCCUGGCACGUCGCCAUUUCUGCAUCGCCGGCCACGGCUGGAAUCAUAUUUAAAUAUUCCCGCAACAUAUUCUCUGGCAAACCAGCCACCGAUGCUGCUCUCUCUCAGUGGAGCUCUGAGAAGCACUACUCAUUGCCACCAGCGAACGAGCCGCGCUCCGUACGGCUUGAAAUUACUAGUACCGUUGAUAUGAACCUGUCGCUUAGAUGGAGUGUGCACGGUUCUCGACAGGUUAGCGAAUUGACCCGCGUGGGCUUCGGAGUCAGUUUACAACCUCAGGGCCUAAUAAUGUCGCUUUCCUGGGCCAGGCUUGGGCAGAGAAUAAGACUUCCAAUUGCCAUUUGCCCGAUUGAUAGUGUCAAUGCGGACUCGGCCACUCUGGCAGUUCUCCUCCCGUGGUUAACAUACUGCGCGGUUGAGUUUGGAUUUAUACGGCCCAGGGAACGACGGAAUCGCCGGAAGCUAAUUGCUAAACGACAGAAGAAACUCAGGAAACUUGUUCCUCAGAAGAGGUUGGAAAGCACACAAGCCAUCGAACUCAUGGCAGAUCAAGUGCGGCGACGGCAGGAUAAGGAGUACAGUAGAGGGGGUCUUGUCAUUACCAAAGCAGAAUACGGGCAUUAUCCUUCAAAGCGGAAUGCCGACAAAGGCGCCAAGGAGCCCGAGGUGACAGAUGUUACUAUCCCUGUGGCUGCGUUGGUGGAUCAUGGCCAGCUCAUCAUCUCUAAGAAGACGGCUAAGUUCCAGAUUCUUGGCUUCCAUGACCCGGCGCCUCUACUGCCGAAAACACUGAAGAUAUGGUACCAAUACCAUGGGAAAGAACAUUAUGCCGAGGCCACGGAUGCAGAGGGCGUCACUUGCCCCAUGCGCUCUCAUCUGCUUGCGGCUUGAAGCCUUUGGGAGAAAUUAAACCAGUCUUGCUUGCCCAAGACUACGCAUAUCGGCUGGGUACAGCGACCUCUGUAUAAGAUCUCCUCUACAAUACGGCUAUUAGGCAAACUCCUCUCCUCUUUGUAUCAUCUGCUUCGAUUUUGGACCAUAUACUCGUCACUGUGGGAGAUUUGAAGUUUUUCUUAGAUGUAUUAGCGACCUGUUCUUGCAUAGAUAUAAUGUUUUGAGACAUCGAC